GGAACAACAAAUUCCAUUGCUGUCGUUGUAUAUGACUGGAGCAUCUGAUGAUAACAAGACAAGACGAAGACAUUGGUGAGGUCAAUGCGGUUGGUGGAAAACCUCUUGCAGGGUACGGAUGAGGAGCGGAUACGCGGUCGUGAGACAUGACGACCUUGACGGCUCGAACGGAGGGGUCAUUCAACAAAUUUACCAAGGCUGAGAUGCGACUAAGGAGAAGAUGGACAGUUACUGACUAGACCGACAUAUGACGAUGUGGAGCACAACACAGGGGCAAUGUGCACUAAAUCCGGCAUUGUGCAUGCUGCACCACUUCCUCGUUUACCCGGUACACCCUCAACCUCAACCUCAAGUUCAAACUUACAACAUACCCAUUUCUCAAUGGCUAGAACGCAUCCAAGAAAAAGUCGUCUCUUGGGAUUUGCGAAGAAAUCCAGUUCAGCGGCAGGCCUUGCCUCGCCACCAGGACGGUCCGAGGCUCGAGCAGGAGAUUUGACCUCCAUGCCUGGCACGUCGGUCCCGGCCUCCCUGGGUAUGCUCGCCAGAGCGAAGCGCUUCUUCCGUCGAUCGAACCAAGAUCUUCCAACCACCGUCGCGACAGAAAUUGCUAAUACAGGGGUUGGCGGGAGGACUCAGGAGCAGUCAGAGGCGGCUCCAGAUACUGGUGCCACAAGUCCCACUGGUGGGGCUCGAGAGCAAGAAGGGAAGUCCCAGGCAUUUCAGACUAAGAGCGUUGGAAAGUCAGCCGCCAAACCAGAACCAGAACCCACCCAAGCGUCGGCUGGCAAUGAUGUCGAUUCUGCAGUAAAAGAAUUUGUCGGCCUCCGUCCCAUUCCGCAUAUCACCAAAGGUGCUAUUGAUGCCGUCGGUAUCGCCAAUACUACAUUCUCCGAGAUUCAAAACUUGAGUGAUACGUAUCUCAAACCUUUCAAAGUAUUCAAUCAAGCCGUUUCCACUCUUGCCAAUGUCCACCCCUAUGCCCAGAUUGCACUAGGAAUCUUAACCUCUGCCGCUCAGGUUCGUGGCUGCUCAUCACAGGCGUUUCGCGUCUCACGUAGUCGUCUGUAGUUGCUCAUCAACCAAGCGAAUGUAGACAAGGCGGUGUCCGAUCUCCUCGACAAGGUGCAAAGCGUUUACGAAUUUCUUGCGGAAGGAGAUAGCAUAAACAAUAUUGACAAGAUGAGAGAUACCCUUGCGAAGAUCGCGCGAUCGAUAAGCGACUCGGCGCAAUUCAUCAACAACUAUUCUGCAACGAAAAGCUUCUGUGGGU